AUUGGAGAUUGAGAAACACAGAAUAGAAACACGGUCUCAUGGUUCCAAUUUGAAACCCUAGCUGAGCUGCGCCUCCCAACUCUACUCAUCUAAGCUUGAAUCGCGUUCAUCCAAAGCUUCAAGCUUCAACCGCCUUCAUCCUCCUUCAUCGCCUUCCAUCUCAAAUUUCUGCUUCUCUUUCUCAAUCUUCUCUUUCACUCUCUGAUUCUUCUGCUGCUCAUGUUCCUCAAAGUUUUUAUCUAAAAAUGGCCAAUGAAGAAGUUCAGUCACCUAAUGAUGUUUCUCCAACACAACAAACUCAAACAGCUCUGGAUGAGACGAACGUCGAAAGUCAAGAACCUGAAGCCGUUCGUGAGCCUAGUGUAAGUCCUAACAAAAGAGGACUCAAAUCUGUUUAUUGGCGUCAUUACAAAAGGCAGAAGUUCGAUGGCAAGUUUAAGGCCAUUUGCAAAUAUUGCGAUAAGAAACUUGGUGGUGAGACAACAAAUGGUACUUCUCAUUUAAAGGACCAUCUUUCAAUAUGUGCAGCUCGCAAUAAAAGAAGUCCAAUGCAAGCCUUGCUAAAAGUUUCUGAAGUGCCGGGAAAGGGUAAAGAAUCAUUUGUUGCUGGAACUUAUACUUUUAAUCAAGAUAUUUCUAGGACAGUUGCUUCGGAAUCUGCAUUUAGUACUAGUGGCCGUGAUGUAACUCCACAACGUAGUAGGUUGAAGGAAGACACAUUAGAGGCUUUGAUGUGCAGCCAAAAUUGGUUCCGAACAGAAAUGCAAGGUUAUUCAAAGAUAUAUGCUUCUUUUGAAUGUGUUGAUGAGGAUAUGGAUGAUGAUGAGGAAAUGAGUCAAACAUAACUAUGGUGGAGGGUGAUGGAGAAGAUCUUAUAAGGAAAAGUUGGAAGCAGAGACAUGAUUUUUUGUUGUGAAUGGAUGCCUUGUUGGAAGCAAGAGACAUGAUUUUUUGUUGUGAUUAGAUGUCUUGUUGGAAGCAAGAGGCAUGAUUUUUUGUUGUGAAUAGAUGUCUUGUUGGAAGCAAGAGACAUGAUUUUUUGUUGUGAAUAGAUGCCUUCCUAUUUUGAAUUUAGAUGUAUCUUAUAUUAAGUAAUGUGACUUGUCCACUUUUGUGGUUUUGCUACUAGAUUAUGACUUAAUUCUCUACUGCUACUAGUAAUGUGACUGUAUUUGCAACUUCUUCUAUUAAUUCUCUUUGUUA